AUGGGGUGUAGAAAGCAAGCAUCUAUUUCGGCCGAGGAAACUCCAAUAAACGAAAGAGUUCCACGGAUAGUGGAUAAGAUGAGUUCAGAGGAAAGAUCCUCAGAGGAAGAGGCGGAGGAAUCAGCUGGGUCGGAAUCUAGAUCUGAGGAGGCGGAGGAAACAGGGUCGGAAGCUGGGUCUGAGGAGGAAGAAGCGGAAGAAAACGUGGUAUGUAAAGUUUAA